AUGGUGGCAAUCGCAAUCCUAGGUUCUGAUCCAAUUACUUUCUUCCUUAUCACGCAUCUCACCCACCACAGCCGCAGUCCGCAACAUCAACCCGAAAACAUCAAUAAAAUUUUGUUUGUCGGUCAACCCAACGACGACGAUUAUGGCUUUGGAAAAGUGAAACACGUGAAAGUCAAGACUUUCGAUGAUUACGAGAUCGCUGUUCCUCGUGAACAGAUCAAUUACACCACAGACCUAAAGGAACUUGUCGAAUUUAAUCCCGACUAUAUCUUCGUUACAUUGAAAGGGAAUCAGGUUAUCGAAAUUUUACAAGAGAUUGCGGAGUUGGACGGAAAGACCGUGGUUGUGACCUUCAACGGCUAUCACAACUCCGAACUUGUGCAUGUCGCAUUACCAAAUACAAAGAUCAUCGACGGCAUGAUUGUACAAUAUGUCUACCACCUCUCCGACUGUCAAUUCGUUCAAGAAACUGAAGGCUGCAUCUACCUCCAAUCCAUACCCGAUGCUCUUCCCAUCCAACAAAUCUUCCAACAAUCUCAACUCACCGUUCGCACGUGCUCCAACAUAAAAAGUUUCAUGUACGGUCGUUUGAUCAUGAAUCUCGCUGGUGCCAUUGUGGCAUUGAGCGGAUUGUCAUUUACACAGUUCAUCAAAAAUAAAAAUUGGAGAAAGAUAUUAGCGUCAUCCAUGUGGGAAGCAUUUGAGGUGUUCAAACAUCAUAAUAUUGUGCCCCUUGUAUCAAUGGAUCGGAUACCAUCAUUCUUGCAUACAUCCUUACCUUUGCACUUACUUCCUUACUUGUUGCUGUCCCCGAAUUGGGUACUAAAUCCGGUGGUGAUGAGUUUACUGAAGAAUGAUCCAAUUUCUUUGUCAUCAAUGUCCAAGGAUUUCAAGUGUGGUCGUAGAACGGGAAUCGAGGAAUUGCAGGGGGAAAUCGUUAAAUUAGCAACUGUUAACGGAUCAAUUAAGACCGCCUAUAACAGUGGUGUGUAUGGGUUGGUGAAGCUGGUGGAAAAGUCAAUGAUGGAUAAAAAGGACGGCUGGAAGGUUGCAUUCACUAACGAAGAGGUGAUCGGUUACAUCGAGCAUGGGACCGUUCCCGCCUGCUUACUUUAA